UUGGAUUUGCAUUUUGUUUUUGGUUUACGUCUUCACCAAAAUUGCAACAAGGGCCAUUGCUGUGUGGUGUAUUAGUCUGAAAUAUUUAAAUAUCAACAAGAAUUAAGAAAUGAAGUCCAAAAAGCGUCGCCAUACAUCAUCCGAUGAUUCCGAUGAUUCGGAUGCAAGUUGUAAUAGCAGUUCUUCUGGCAGUGAUAGUGACGAUUCUUCCGCAUCGGAGCACCGCUAUAGCAAAAAGAAAAGGAAACGUGCUGAUUCUUCGGACUCCGAGAGUGAAUCAGACGAUCAAAAACGCUCAAAAAAGCGUAAGCAUAAGAAAAAGAAGAAGAAGCAUGGCAAGAAGAAGCGCCGGUCAGAUUCCGUGGCAGUGAGUGGGUCGGGCGCUGAGGAAGUGUCUUCGGUCAGCGAAGGCGAGAUAUCGAAGAAAAAGCGUAAACAUAAGCAUAAACACAAGCGUGCACGAAGUUCGUCGGCCAGUGUUCGAGAUGAAGAGCAAAUGCAACGUCGCCUCCACAGUGUAGUAAAAGAACGUCGCGGUUCCUCUGAAGAACGCAAUCAACCAAUACGGACAUAUUACAAUCAGAAAGAAUACCAAAGAUCAGUAUCACCGGAAGAUUAUGAAAGGGAUCGAGAAGUGCAAAGGUUCUACCGGGGCUCCAGUAAGGAGAGGCGGCACCAGUAUCCAGAUCAGUAUCAGCACUAUGAUAGGGGGGAUCGUAAUGAUAGAUAUUCACAAUAUCGCCAUGAAAGAAAUUAUAGGAAUAGAGAGAAGUAUGGUCAAAGCUCUCAUUAUCAUGAUGCUAAUGAAGAUUAUAGUAGAAGGCAGAGGGAUUAUGAGUAUAAAAGGAAUCAAAGGUUUGAAGACCACAGGUCUCCAGAGGAAGAGUAUCAAAGGAGACCAAGAGAACAAGAUGAACGGUACCAUCCAAGAGAAGAAAUGAGAGGUUACAACCGCUACAAUCAAUAUGAAGAAAGAUCCGGGCCUAAAAGGCGUGACUUUGAUGAGAGGCGAGACUUCCGUGAAAGGCGAGGUCAACCUGAAAAUGACCGUUACCGUGAAAAAGAGUACCCCGACAGGAAGGAGAGAUACCAUGAAGAAGCUUACUCCUCCGAUAGACCUCGUGACGCUCGUCGUGAGAAGCCCAUGAGCGCAGCUAGACGACCAGAUAAGCCUUCAGCCUCUAAUAACAGAGAACGUUCAAGAUCCAGAAGUCAAGAAGAGCGUUUCAAAGAGCAGAAACGCCGACCUGAAAGACAAGAGAGGCCGGAACCGAGAGAGGAGCGGUACAGGGAGGGGCGCGGCGAGGAGAGACGGGAGCGACCGGAGCGGCCGGAGAGGCCGGAGAGGCCGGAGAGGCCCGCCAGGGACGACGACAGGAAUGCGGAGCGAGCCAGGCCUGCGGUCAAAACUGAGCCCAGGGCGCGAGAUCGGAAGACCAGAUUUGCUGAUGCAGAGGAUAACAAAGAAUACAGUUGGGGCAAAGAAGAGGUUAAGAAAGAAGAUGGCAAAACUCCAGCUGAUAAAGAAAAGCCCAACUUCGGUUUGUCUGGUAAACUGACGGCUGAUGCUAAUACCGUCAAUGGAGUAGUGAUCAAAUAUACUGAACCGGAAGACGCUAAGCAACCCAAGAGGAGAUGGAGAUUCUAUCCAUUUAAAGGCGACAAAGCGCUACCAAUAUUGUACAUUCACCGACAGUCUGCGUUCUUAAUUGGUCGUGACAAGAAAGUAGUGGACAUAGCUCUUGAGCACCCUUCUAUCAGUAAGCAGCACUCGGCGCUACAGUACCGCGCGACGCCCUUCACUAGGCCCGACGGCUCACAGGGCCGUAGGGUUAGACCGUACGUCAUUGAUCUAGAUUCGGCAAACGGAACAUUUGUAAACAACAAGAAGAUUGAACCGCGUCGGUACGUGGAGUUGCUCGAGCGUGACGUAGUCAAGUUCGGGUUCUCGCAGCGGGAGUACGUGCUGCUUCAUGAGAACAGCAAGGACGACGCUCAAGAUGAUGACAACCAGGAUGUUCCACCUCUCGGAGCCAAUGUCACCACCACCGAGCAGUUGAAACACGAGAAGAGGGUAAAACAAGAAAUAGCCGAAGACGGGGAAUAAAACAGCUGUUUAAAGUAAGAUCCAAAUAGAUUGUUUUAAUUUAGUAUAUUAAGAAAGAAGGUAUAUUUUAUUUUAACUUUUAUUUUUAUUCUUCGUGGAUAAGUCUACGUUCAGAUUAGGGUUUCACACGUGGUAUCUCGUUGACUAAUUUACCUACCUCGAUUGUUUUUUUAAAUUAUGUAUGACGAAAAGUAACAUUACUGAAAUGUUAGUAAGUAGAUGGAGAACUGUUACUCAUAUCAUAUUCUUUAUUCAAUAUUACGUAAUGGAUUUGGCAAACAUAAGUCUUAUCUAUUUUUCUUCAAAUCAGCAAAUAUUUAACUAAUCAAAGUAUAUACUUUCUUGUAUUGAUGUUAGAAAUUGAUGUCUACUCCUUAGGUCCAUAGUUUUCUGUCAUAUAAUAAUUAUGUAAUUCAUAGAUGAAGGCAAUUCGUUUAAUUGGAUAAGUAGCAAGCAACAUGCAAUUUAAUGGUUAUCUUUGGCAUGUACACUUCGUACUUAGUUCACCUAAUAUUUACCUACGUAAAAAAUGUAUAUUAUGGCAUGCACAUUACUCUUAUAACUUGUAUAAGGACAACUAAUUUAAUAGUUGGCUGUAUAAUAUCUAAGUAGUCAAUAAAUUAAUCCUUUAUCAAAUAAAUAAAAAUACUUCAA